ACAAUAGCUUACGAGCUAACGUGUUUUUUGUAAGAAUUCUUAUAUAAGAAUCAAGACUCACUUUUCAAAAGCUUAAAAAUCUAUUAUAGUAAAUACUUGUGUGCGUCUGUUUGUCGCACAAAAUGACCGCAAGUAGCGAGACAACGUAAUGUGGUUUAAAAAGGACGGGUGAGCCUAUGGAUUUUUUUUUAGCUUGUUGUCAAAAAACAUUUUUGAAAAACAUUGCAGAUUUCAAAAUGUAUAUAAUUAAUCAUACAUUGUUAAAUUAUGCUUUUUCAAUAUUUAGUUUAGGAUGUUUAUUUCAGUGAGUGCUUUAUUCUAAAACUUUGUGAUAAUAUUAUCCUCUUUAAUGAGAAUUUGAGAAAUGGGAUCUAUGAGAAAAGAAUGUAUUAAAUCGCCUAUUAAACAUAAAUGACACCAUUCAUUUUUUUUCCAUUGAUCUCUAAUUGAAUUUUAACACAUAAAUUAAAUAUAUGGUUUCACUUCUUCAAGGCAUCUGGUAACAUCUUAAACAAUCCUAUAGAUUAAAAAAAAAUUAUUAAAAGAAGUGUUUAUUUUUAUUUAAAAUUUAAAAAUAUACAAGCAAUUGUUAAUUUUAAAAAAGGUUUGAAUGGUUACUUGUAAGUUGUUUAUAUCCCAGAAACAACAAAUCAUUAAAACUAAACAAACAUUGCGUCAUUUUCCACACAUCAUAAGCAUAUGACAACUGACUUCAAAAAUAAACGUGGUUCACAAUGAUUUUCAGGCUGAUUGCAAAACAAUUUUAUGAUGGUGAAAAUAGACGAUGCUUCUGAAUCUUUAAUUCCAAAAGAUUCCCAUUCCAUUAAUAGCGAAAGAAUAGAGUGCAGUGACGAAGAAGUUGAAGGCGACAUGUCACAACCUGAAGUAAUUGAAUUCAAAGAGACAGAUUCGUUAUUGGAGCAUCCAGACAUCCAAUUCCGCACUGGAUUUCGAAAUGGUAGUUUUGCAUCAGCCAAUAGUCUUGCAUCAGCUGGUAGUCUAGGAUCAACCAACGCAGAUUUUUACCACCAGAAGGGUAGUUAUUCUGCAACUGAUACUGCACAUUUGCAUUGUCAUACUAAAGACAAAGCUAAAUUAGCAAGCACGAAAACCGCACAAAGAAAGCUGACUAUCGCAAGUAUUGUGUGUUUGCUGUUUAUGAUAGCAGAGUUUGUGGGUGGCUACGUCUCAAACAGUUUGGCUAUUAUGACUGACGCUGCACACUUGCUAUCCGAUUUUGGGGGUUUUAUGAUCAGUUUGUUUGCAUUGUGGUUAGGCACACGUAAACCAUCAAAAAAAUUAUCAUUUGGAUGGCACAGAGCUGAGGUGAUGGGUGCGCUGGUCUCUGUACUUAUAAUCUGGGUUCUAACAGGCAUUUUGGUAUACGAAGCUGUAACGAGAGUGAAAGAUCCUGCUUAUAAAAUUCAACCUGUGGUCAUGCUGAUCACAUCCGGCGUUGGUGUGCUAGUGAACAUUAUACUCGGCAUUACAUUGCAUGGCUCUGGUCAUGGUCAUUCCCAUGGCUUAGGAGGUGGACAUGGUCAUUCCCAUGGUGGCAGCAAUCAUGGUCAUUCCCACAAUGAUGAAGCAUCGCAGUCACCACAAGAAGUUGGCUCAGAAGGAAGUUCCACUCAAAGCUCAGAAACAGAUGCCAUAUUAAAAACUACUAAAUCAAAAUUAAAGAAAGAUUUAAACGUGCGGGCAGCUUUUAUUCACGUGUUGGGAGAUCUGGUACAGAGUGUCGGUGUAUUUAUAGCUGCUUUGAUGAUUUAUUUUAAGCCCGAAUGGAAGGUUGCAGAUCCGAUAUGUACAUUUCUCUUCUCUAUACUCGUGCUAUUCACAACUUUAACAAUAUUAAAAGAUAUAUUGUUGGUGCUUAUGGAAGGUACACCAAAAGGUUUGGAUUUUAAAGAGGUUAUGGAAGAUUUACAAAACAUACGAGCAGUCAAGAUGGUUCAUAACCUUCACAUUUGGUCUUUAACUAUGGGCACAGCUGCUUUAUCCGUACAUUUAGCUAUAGACGAUUCUCGUUCUACACACAGCGUGUUACGUGAAGCGCAAACUUUAGUGUCAAAAAAGUACGAAAUUCAUCAUUCGACAAUACAAGUGGAACGCUUUCACGAUCAAAUGGAAAAUUGUUCAAUGUGUGAAGAGCCUAAAGAUUAAAGCUACGCACACAUUAAGUCGAAAAACAACAGCUAAUAAUAUUGAAUGGAAAUCUAAAUGCACGUACAAAAAUGGUUUUGAGUCAAUGCGAAUGAUGUCUUAACGCUGGAAUCUUGUAUCCUUAAUUCUUGUAUAAUUGGUUUUUUGUGCAAACAUCCGCACAUUUUGAUAGAAGGGACAAUUGUCAAAUUAAUCUUGGACAUUGACUCGUAACCGAGGUAUGUUGUUCUCUCUCUUUUUCCCAAACAGUUGAUGUGAAUCAGUAAGAAAUACACCUGUCUGUUGCCACAGAAGUACGAGAUAGAUUACAUUGGAAGACCAUGAUAAUUUUUUCCAUGGUCACAGCAACCAUAAUGGCAUCCUGUUGUUACUACUGGCUACUUGUCACGUUGGUAUGCGAUUUUGAGAAUUAAUUUACUUGAUGAAAAUAAUAAAAGAAUGUAGUAGUUGAUUUUUUAUGGACAAAACAACUUUCUUCCAAAAUGAGUUAGUGAUGAAAAAAGGUAGCAGAUUUGGACCAAAAAGUAAGCAGCCGGUUAGGCAGCUGUUAGACUAUAAAUUUUAACUUUCACUUAAAUGGUUGAUCUAACAAAAACCUACGAAAGAGUUCCUAUAAAAAGUCUUUUCGAUUAAAGUCCAAAAGAUGAAAUCUUUAAAUAUGUGUAGUAAUUUUAAGGCUAAAAUCAAAAAUUCACCCCUAUUAACUGAGGAUGUAAUGAAAAGUGAGUUCGCGUAUAAAAAAUUGUUGAUAAUGUAGGACCUGUCCUGAGAACGGAUUAUUUGCGGCUUUUGAAGUGUUUUGGUUCUCCUAAAAAGUCGUUAUUGGAAGGAAGUUGUUUUUCAUUUUUAUAAAGUACCAAAAAAAUAUUUUUUGCAAGAGAUCUUUUGUGAAUUUAUAGUUAUCAGAAAAUCCUGUGGUCGAGUGUUUAUAUUAUGCAAGUUUUUAGACGAACUAAACGUAGGCUGAUAAAGAUUUAAGAUAGUCGCCAGUUGAACAAGCUUAGUAGCAAAUUCAGAAAUGUUUUUUAAAUCUCCGUAACGUAAACCACAUCAAUAGAUUUUUUCCAUUUUUAUGUGUAAAUUUUUGUACAAUUUAUGAGAUGAACAAAUCUUUGUAUGAAUUAUUUUGAAAAUGUAUCUUGAAUUUCUCGCUAUAA